AUGCUGCUCAGCCCGGCUCUCGUUUUGGUUGGUGCGCUGUACGCGACCUUCCUGGCUCUGCGUUACCUCGCCCAGUUACACCACCACCGGAAACACGCCAAACAGUUACACUGCCAACCCCCUGCAACAGGUAAUUCGUCCUUCUUGGGUAUCCCGGCCUUUCUGCGCCUUCAUCAGGCGGUGCGCGAGAAGAGAUGGAUCGACUAUCUUUGCGACCAGUUCGAUCUCCACGGCACCACGUUUACUCAGCGGUUCCUGUCGCGCAAAUUGCUUACAACGAUUGAACCGGAGAAUGUGAAAGCAAUUCUGGCGACCCAGUUCCAGGACUUUUGCCUGGGGACUCGACAUGAGCAGUUUUAUCCGCUGUUGGGCGAUGGGAUCUUUACUCUUGAUGGUGCGGGCUGGUCGCAUGCCCGUGGCUUGUUGCGACCGCAAUUCACCAGAGAUCAGGUUGCGGAUCUCUCCAUGCUUGAUGACCAUAUUUCCCACCUGAUCAACCUCAUCCCCAAAGACCGCAGCAGCUUCGACAUCCAGCGGCUCUUCUUCCUCCUGACCCUGGACUCGGCCACGCAUUUCCUGUUUGGCGAAUCCGUCGGCUGCAUGUCGCCCCAGACCACGGGCGUUCUCGAGAAAUCCGCCGUGCGCAACGCGCAGGGGUUCGCCGACGCAUUCACCACCGCCCAGGACUACCUCGCCGCCCGGUCACGCGCACAGGGUCUGUAUUGGGUGAUCAAUCCCAAAGAGUUCCGUGAAGCCAACCGCCGGGUGCAUGAAGUCGUUGACCACUACGUCAAUGUUGCACUGGAGGCGAAGCGCAAUCCCGAUCGCAAACCGGGUGACGGUCGAUAUAUCUUCCUGGAAGCUCUGGCAGAGGACACGGAUGAUCCGAAGAUGCUGCGCGACAACAUGCUGAACAUUUUACUUGCUGGUCGUGACACUACGGCGAGUCUGUUGUCAUCGGCGUUCUUCUACCUUGCCCGUAACCAGGACGUGUUCCACCGGUUGCGCCGCGAGAUUGUUGAAGAGUUCGUCCUCCGUCUCCAACCCCCUGUUCCGGUCAACUUCCGGGUCGCGACCAAGGACACAUCUCUCCCAGUCGGAGGCGGCGCUGACCGCCGAUCGCCCGUCUAUGUGAAAAAGGGUACCUUGGUCGCCUAUAAUGUCUUCUCUAUGCACCGCCGCACCGACCUCUGGGGCCAAGAUGCUCGCACAUUCCGACCUGAGCGCUGGGAGGAGAACGCGAAACACGGAUGGGAAUACCUGCCCUUCAACGGUGGUCCGCGCAUUUGUCUUGGCCAGCAAUAUGCCCUUACAGAGGCCAGCUAUACGGUCGUCCGGUUGAUGCAGCACUUCGACACCCUCGAAAACGCUGAUCCGGAUCCUCGGCAAGAGCCCAUUAAACAGUCGAACCUGACUAUGAUGCACGAUCACGGCGUGCCAGUGAAGUUGUACUCUUUGCAGCCUCUCUAG